GCAAUACUGGAAUUGGCUUAGCACACGUAUGUAGAGCAAAAGGGUAUAAUUGUGUGAUUUAUAUGCCAAAUACUCAAAGUCAAGAAAAGAUUAACUUGUUGCGUAUGUUAGGUGCUGAGGUAUAUCCAGUUCCAGCAGUUGCAUACGAAGAUCCUGAAAAUUAUAAUCAUCAAGCAGCUAGACAUGCCCAAAAUACACCAAAUGCUGUUUGGACAAAUCAAUUCGAUAAUAUUGCGAAUCGCCGGGCACACUAUGAAACCACGGGUCCAGAAAUUUGGGAUCAGACAAAUGGUGAAAUAGAUGGAUUCACAUGCUCCACUGGAACAGGAGGAACACUGGCCGGCACCACGCGAUUCUUGAAAGAAAAAAAUCCGAAAAUAAAAUCAUUUUUGGCCGAUCCACCUGGUUCUGUAUUAUUUAGUUAUUUCAAAAGUGGUGGAAAAUUAAUUGAAAGAACCGGCAGCUCUAUUACUGAAGGAAUUGGCCAGGGCCGAAUCACUUCUAAUCUACAGCCUGAUGUCGAUUUAAUAGAUGAUACACUUCAUAUUUCGGAUGAAAAAUCAAUUGAAAUGGUUUAUAGAUUAUUAGACGAAGAAGGCCUUUAUAUGGGAGCUUCCUCUGCAUUAAACGUUGUCGCUGCCGUUGAGAUGGCAAAAAUAUUGGGACCAGACUUCAAAGUGUCAUUUAGAUCGAAUUCAGCAUCUGAAUCGACCGAAUUAUGGGAUUUGCUGAAUAAUCAAUUAUGGAAUUUCACGGAUUCAGAUACCGAAUUCGAUCCUCAUAAAGAAUAG